AUGUUGCGGUUCCUGCGCCGGACCUUUGGCCGCCGCUCCAUGCAGCGCUACGCUCGGGGCACGGCGGGGCGCGGGGCCGCCGGGCUGGGGGACGAGCGCGAUGGGGGGCCGCGGGGGGGCCAGGCCGCCGCCGCCGCCUCCUCGGCGCUGCCCUCCGCGCCGGGGAGCAGCGUGUUCCCCGCCGGCAGCGGGCCCCUGCUCACCGGCGGCGCGGCUGUGCAUAUCUCGGUCGCUGGUGCAGCAAAGCCUACCCUCUACUGCCGCGUCUUCCUGCUCGACGGGACCGAAGUGAGAGUGGACCUGCCGAAACAUGCCAAAGGCCAGGAUUUGUUUGAUCAGAUCGUGUACCACUUGGACCUCGUGGAAACAGAUUACUUUGGCCUCCAAUUCCUUGAUUCGGCCCAGGUCUUGCACUGGCUGGAUCAUUCCAAACCCAUAAAAAAGCAGAUGAAAAUUGGACCUGCUUAUGCUUUGCACUUUCGAGUCAAAUACUAUUCUUCAGAACCGAACAACCUUCGUGAAGAGUUUACAAGGUACCUGUUUGUUUUACAACUCAGGCAUGACAUUCUUUCAGGAAAAUUGAAAUGCCCAUAUGAAACUGCUGUGGAAUUAGCUGCUCUCUGUCUACAAGCGGAGCUUGGGGAAUGUGAGCUUCCGGAACACACCCCAGAGCUUGUGUCUGAGUUUCGGUUCAUUCCAAAUCAGACAGAAGCAAUGGAAUUUGAUAUUUUCCAGAGAUGGAAAGAGUGCAGGGGGAAGAGCCCUGCCCAGGCAGAACUCUCCUAUUUGAAUAAAGCGAAGUGGCUGGAAAUGUAUGGGGUAGACAUGCACGUUGUCAGGGGAAGAGAUGGCUGUGAAUAUUCUCUUGGACUGACUCCGACAGGCAUAUUAAUCUUUGAAGGAGCUAACAAAAUAGGCUUAUUCUUUUGGCCUAAAAUUACCAAAAUGGAUUUUAAAAAGAGCAAAUUGACACUUGUAGUGGUUGAGGAUGAUGAUCAGGGGCGCGAGCAGGAGCACACAUUUGUGUUCCGGUUAGACAACGCCAAGACCUGCAAGCACCUCUGGAAGUGUGCAGUGGAGCAUCAUGCCUUUUUCAGACUGCGGACACCAGGAAAUAGCAAAUCGAACAGAUCAGACUUUAUCAGGCUGGGAUCUCGAUUCCGAUUCAGUGGGCGGACAGAAUAUCAAGCUACACACGGGGCCAGGUUACGAAGAACCAGCACCUUUGAAAGAAAGCCCAGUAAACGCUAUCCGUCCCGGAGACAUUCCACUUUCAAAGCAAGCAACCCGGUGAUAGCAGCUCAGCUCUGCUCUAAAACAAAUCCUGAAGUCCAUAACUACCAGCCUCAGUAUCAUCCUGCUAUCCACCCCAGCCAGCCUCGGUGGCACCCUCACUCUCCAAAUGUAAGGCCAUCCUUUCAGGAUGACAGGUCGCAUUGGAAAGCGCCGGCCAGUGGAGAUGGCAGCCAUUUUGAUUAUGUCCACGACCAGAACCAGAAGAACUUAGGAGGGAUGCAAAGUGUGAUGUGUCGAGAUAAACUCAUGACUGCACUUUGAGAGACUGAAGCAUCUCAAUUCCAUUCACCAUCACUGUUCCAUUACGUUCCAUGAAAAGUGUCUUGGCAUCGCAUGGUUGUGUUCGUAAAAGAGCCUGAGAGGUGGUUUCGGUGUCCGUGUAAAUAUUUGAAAAUAACUAUUAUGAUAGCUAGUCCUGAUUUACUGUUGGCUGCAUUCUGAAUACAAUGAAGGUAGUUAAAGACUCAGGAAUCAUUGUGAUGUUCUGAUUUUAAGAUUGGAGUAACUGUCUAUGUUUAUUAUAUUGCUAUGUACCUGAUAUUUCUUUGUUAUUUAAUUAAUGGGACCAAAUGAAAGCAGAAAAGCUUGGGAAGAUAGCUGAGCAUAUAGUGUGUCAUGGGGAUCAAGAUUGCUGGGGUCCAGCCUCCGCCAUUAUGUGACCUUGGGCAACUCAUUUCCCGUUUGUUAGCCUAAACAAUUUUCCCCCAUUUAAGAAGAAUGGAUGGACUAAAUGAUUUCCCAGCUCCUUUCCAAGUCUAAAAUUCUGUGAUUUUAUUAAAAUUUAAUUUUUUAGGCCGAGGACAUAACAUUUGAUCUAAAUUUCUCAUAAGGAAACUACAUUAUCCUCUUCUCUGAGAGAGGGCUGUAUAAGAUACAUAACUUAUUAGGUUGUUAUUUAAAUACACGGAGACUUUGAAUUUCGUAUCUUAAAGCCUUUUAGCCACUUUCAGUUUUAGUGAUUAUACUAAUCAUAAACUGCGUUGCAUUUGUUUUGAUAGAAUUUGCUGCUCCAGUACAAGAAUAAUUUUUUACGUCCUGAUGAUUGGUGUUGCUAACUUGCAUGAUUUUAGAGAACUUAAUUGUGAAUACACAUUGUCAGAAUUUGUAGAAUUUGGGGGUUGGUUUUUACCCUAGAUUUUACUCUUUUAAAAAGCAACAUGUAAUCUGAGAAGCAUUUAUGACUCAAAUUAAAGCAGAUAUGAUUUUACUGAAGUUGUGCCAAAGGAUUCUGUAGAAGGGGAUAGGGUAGGUGUCACCCUAGUCUUCUUUGUAGAACUAGAAAUCAAUAUAUUGGCUUUUAGGGUAAAAUUUGUACCAAAAUAUUUAUUUCCCCCACUUUCAAGCCAUGACUAAAACAUUUUUUUCUCUUAAUAAAUGAGCCUGAGACAUUUUCCAUUAGUUUUUUAUGAAAUCAGUUAAUUCUUGUGCCAUUUUAUAUAUGUCAUAAUUUGGCCCAUUUUAAGCCUUUUUAAAAAAUGUAUUGAUAUUCUUUGAGGUAUUUUAUUGCUAAAAUCUGAUUCUUUUUUGGUUACCACAAAAAAUCUGUUCAGAAGGAGGGAAUCAGCUGUGCACCUUGCACAGUAGAAUUGAUCACUCACAAACUCUUCCUAAGAUAUUUGUUUACACGUGUGUUCCAUUUUAGCAGCUGUUUUGAUCCUCAGUGUAUGUGCUGCCUAGUAUAAAUAAAUAUGUUCUGAAUCUUCUAAUCUUAUUGAUACAUGUUUACAGAUGUGUUUCCAAGGAAUAAAGAUUAUUCUUGCUCUUUUGACUCCAUCUUCAUUUUAUUGAUUCUUGCUGCUGCCCAGAAGUGUCAUUUGUGCAUGAUCUAGGUAAUGGGAGAGUUGGCUUUUGAAAGUCUGAAGGUAAACAUUGAGUUAGGUGACGUGGAGCAAGAUUCUCGUAGGAUGAGGCUGCCUUUAGGAAGAAUGGCUCUUCUUGCAGGUACAGUGGCUGAGGUACUUGGUUCAUCUGGAGCAGCUCUGGUGAAGGUUCUAGUACCUGUUACAGGUACUAAGCAGAGUGAAGUGACAAUGGAGUUUUUCCUGGCUGCUGCUGCUGCUGUUCCUGGCUAAAAGACAUCCAAAGCUGUACCUGUGGCCCUCCUGAAGGUUAUGUACACUAUCUACCCUCUAAUAAAUACCUUUCUGCUUAAAGUAACUUGAAUGGAUUCUUUUGUCUGCCACCAAGAAGUCUAACCAGUAUAUAUGACCUCCUGACUGCCACAUGAAAUGUAUACUUUUCAUUCCUUUACUUAGUGGAUCUCUCUUUAUUGCGUUUCACAGUGGUGGUCACGCACUCACACCUUCUUAGUUCUCUAUCCUAUGUGGUAUCUCAUUCUCUAACCCUCUGACUUCUUCUUCAGUCUUUGUAACAGCCUUCUCUGCUGUCUUCCUAUUAAGUAUUGGUGUUUUUCAAGGGCCCUUCCUCUGCCCACUGCUUUUCUCACUUAACAAAGUCUAUAUAGGUCUUCUCCAGUCAUGAUUUUAUAGUGUUGUUGACUUGAAAACCAUUAUCUUUACCCCAGACUUCUACCAUGAUUUUUUAGACUGACCUUUCAACUUGGAUAUCCCAUAUAAACCUCAAACUCCACAUGUCAAAAAUGAAAUUAAUCAUCUUUUACCAAAAUAAACAUUUCUUCCACCUGAAUUCUCUUUUCUACCCAAGGUAAGAAUUUAUACAUCAUCCACAUCUGUUCUCCCUUUUGCCACUCGGAUCCAGGCAAUUCCCAGGUCUUCUCAACUCUGCCUCUUUAGUAUUUGUAUUUACCUUCCUGUCUCCUUACCAACACUGAUCUUAAGGCAGUAUUUCUUCUUUGGCUGAGAGGUGUGCUGAUGCCAGGCUCUCCUGACA